GAUGCGUUGAACCCCUCCCCGACGUUUAUUGGGAGUCGACAGGGUAUAUCGGCGGCGGCACCUCUACAAAGCUGCUAAGCGGGGACCUUGAAAACCAGGGUUCCGGCUAAACAGAGCUACCAAGCGUCGUCAUGGCCUUGUUUUUUCCCUCCCAAAGCACUAGCACUUUCCUUCUUUUCCGUCAUUCUUGUCGGAGUUCUUCUUAAAUAGUCACACCUUCCUUUUCGUCGGUCUUUCUUUUCCACAACCUCAAGAAGAACGGACUAUGUUCUCUCUCAACCGGACUCACCUUCGAAUGGUUCUCACCGGACUCAUUCUAACCCUCUCCUUCGCGCACUCCGUGAAUGCGAUCGUAACUCCUCUCUCCCCCGGUCCUGGAGACUCUUUUAACCAAGGUUCAACAUGUACGACGACUUGGGCUGGUGACUCGGGGAGCAACUGGGGAGAUAUGACUAUUGAACUAAUGAGUGGGAGUAACUUUCAGAUGGUUCAUGUGAAGACCGUCGGAACGAGCCUAGACGGAAACAAAGACGGUCGCCUUGACUUUGAAUGUCCGGAGGUCGACCCAUACGCAGCCAUCUAUUUCUUCCAAUUCUCCUCACCCUCAACCAGGGACCUAACUUGGACGACGAGAUUCACUAUCGCUGACAGAGACGGACGCUCGGUGGCUCCGGGCGAAACGACUCAACCGGAUGGUGCGUUGAUCCCAUGGGGAGUCGGGAGCGUUCUCGACGUUGCCAUUGGCGCCGGUUCUGGUAGCAUUGCCAUCACAUCUAUUCCUCCCGUUACGGAUGCAGCUCCUACUAGCACGAGUACUCUCGACAACAUCAGCACUACAGGCAGCACUACGGACGGUACUACCACCUCCACGUCCCAAGCUGGCCAAACUUCUCCGACCAGUGGCGCAGUCAGUAGUACAGUCAGUCACACCGGCCCUGCUCCUCCAGCUUCAAGUCCCACAUCUACUCCUGGAUCAAGUUCUUCUGGGUCAAACGGAUCUAGUACUCACGGCAAUAGCUCGAACUCGGACUCUGAGAACACCGGUUCUGGGAGAAAGCAAUGCAGGAGGAAAGUCUCCAAGCGUGGACACCCUGGGCGUAGUAGUCUGGGACAGUGAAGGCGCAGUGAAGGUCGGGACGGAAAAAUAAUUCCCUCAGGUUACGGACUCCUGGCUUGAACAUUUAAUUUUGGACUUUGAACAUACGUACGUAGUUACAUUACUCCAACUUUUAAUUACCCAGCGUAGUAAAUUGGUAGCGAAACUACAAGCAGCAUGCAUAAACGUGUUACUAUUCCUGAUGCUGUGUUUCAAACUGGGUAGAUGUACAAACGUCGCCCUUUCCACUUUCCUUAUCAAUAUUUUUGGCUCGGACGUUAACGGAAUAGAUAGAUAAUACUUUUUUUAUGUUGGAUGUCAAUUUUUCUCUCCAGGAUUGCAUGCUUGCAUGGUGUUAUAAUCACCUUGUGGUCUUCAAGUCUUCCAUCACACUAAGCAAUGUUCGCA